AUGUCUCAACGAAACUGGGCAGAAAAGCCCUCUGGAUACGAACCUGCUCGCGUCUACGAUGUGGACGACGGACCUUCACGACCGGAUACUAUCGUAUACAAACGCUACAGCCUUUUUAGCUGCACCGAAUGGGUCUUGGAGAUUAUCACGUCUAUCGGGAGCCUGAUCAUUCUUGCGGCGGUGGCUGUCAUCUUCAGGACAGUGAAUAAUCAACCUCUAUCGAACUGGACCUUCCCCAUUUCUCUCAACGCCGUUAUCUCGAUAUUGACGACUGCUUGUUCAGCGGCUAUUAUGCAUGGCGUCAGCACAUUCAUCAGCCAGCUGAAGUGGCUUCAUUUCAAAAAUGGACCUCAGAAGCUGGAACACCUGGAAAGGUUUGAUGAAGCCAGCCGUGGACCUCUAGGAUCUCUCAAGUUUCUGGUCUCAAUGAAAUGGAACCUGGCAACCAUCGGAGCCUUGGUCACCAUUUUCCGUCUUGGUCUGUCACCAUUGGCUCAACAAGUGGUGAAGAUUGAGGAACGUUUCAUCCCCACCACAGACAACAAUGUCACGUUUGGCUAUACGCACACAUACAAUCGCGUUCUGGAUUAUCCUGACUUACUCGAGUUUCCUGAAAUCUCCCGAUUCGGCAUCUACCAAGCAACUCCCGAUGUAAACUUCAACCAGUCCAACAUCAACAUCACGGAGUGUUCACUUUCAUUGGCUGCUUAUAAGUACACGGGCGCAAGAUCAGAGAGCACAUCGUUUUCCUUCGCAAAGACGGAAAUGAUCCAGUUCAGUGGCAAUCGUUCCGGCCCUCAAAGCGACCGACACAAUAUCUUAGAGGGCAUGGAAUUCACCAACGGGUACAAAGCCAGUGAUUUGCCUGCAUUUAAGAUGUCUUCGUACGACCUAAGGGCCUUGGGGCAGUUCUUUACGUCUGGGGCCAUCGUCACCUAUUGGGUCGACGGGUACGGGCCCAGCUUUGAUAAUAAGGUUUCUGGCCUUAGCGCUGCUGCUUUGGCUGGCGACGUAGACAUCGGAGAGCGAUUCAAAAAGAUGGCAGUCAGUAUGACGGAUUAUCUGCGCUCGGGGCCGAAUAGCAAGUCAGCAGUGGGAGACAGAGUGGAUCAAAUACCCUACGUGUCAAUUCGGUGGUGGUUUUUCGCCGGCCCUGUUGCGAUCGAAGCUCUUGCGCUGUUGUUCGCGGUGUUGACAAUCUUCAGCAACCGAGAAAGCAGCAGAGUCCCUCUGUGGAAGUCCUCCGCUCUUGCGGUCUUGGCAUGCGAGCACGAGAAGAAAUCGGAACUACUGAGGACUACGGCCAAGGAUAUCAGAAAGAUUGAGAAAACGGCCAAGAACUCUUUGGUCAAGCUGGAGUAA